UUUGUUGGAGUGCUUCCAAGGGAGGGGAGGGCUAUGUUGUCCAGAAUCGGCUGCACCUCCGAAGACCAAUAACAAAAAAGAGAGGGAGAGAUGGGAAGGGCGUUCGUGUAUGUGAUUCUUGGUGGAGGUGUAGCAUCUGGAUAUGCAGCCCUUGAAUUUACGAAGAGGGGGGUCUCUCAUGGCGAACUCUGCAUAAUUUCCGAGGAAACUGUUGCACCUUAUGAGAGGCCUGCUUUAAGUAAAGGGUAUUUACUUCCAGAAGCUCCAGCACGCCUUCCAGCAUUCCACACAUGUGUUGGCGCUAAUCAGGAACGGUUAACGCCAAAAUGGUACAAAGAACAUGGAAUUGAAUUAGUUCUUGGGACCCGAGUUAUAUCAGCUGAUGUUAGGCGCAGGACCUUGUUAACAGCAGCUGGAGAAACUAUUAGUUACAAGAUUCUCAUUGUUGCAACAGGUGCUCGGGCUUUGAAGCUAGAAGAAUUUGGAGUGAAUGGAUCAGAUGCAGAAAAUGUAUGUUAUCUACGGAACCUAACGGAUGCAAAUAGGCUUGUCGGUGCAAUGAAUUCGUGUUCACGCGGUAAUGCUGUUAUAAUUGGUGGUGGCUACAUAGGAAUGGAGUGUGCUGCAUCUCUAGUGAUUAACAAAAUUAAUGUAACAAUGGUUUUCCCUGAAGCACAGUGCAUGCCUCGUCUAUUUACCCCCAAGAUUGCAAGCUUUUAUGAAGAUUAUUACAAGGCUAAAGGAGUUGAGUUUGUCAAAGGAACUGUCUUGACAUCAUUUGAUAUGGAUUCUAAUGGAAAGGUUGUUGCUGUCAAUCUAAGAGAUGGAAAACGGCUACCUGCAGACAUGGUUGUUGUUGGAAUAGGAAUUCGCCCGAACACAAGCCUCUUUGAAGGCCAGCUGACCAUGGAAAAGGGCGGAAUCAAGGUAAACGGAAAGAUGCAGUCGAGUAACAGCUCGGUGUAUGCAGUUGGAGAUGUAGCAGCAUUUCCAGUCAAGCUUUUCAGUGAAACCCGGAGACUUGAGCAUGUCGACUCUGCCAGAAAAUCUGCUAGACAUGCGGUUUCUGCCAUUAUGGAUCCAGAAAAAACCGGUGACUUCGACGAUGUACCAUUUUUCUACUCCAGGGUAUUCACACUCUCGUGGCAAUUUUACGGGGACAACGUUGGGGAGGCUGUACAUUUUGGGGAUUUCUCAGGAAACACAUUUGGAGCAUAUUGGGUAAACAAAGGUCACCUAGUUGGAUCUUUUCUUGAAGGUGGAACAAAAGAAGAGUAUGAAGCUAUAGCGAUGGUCACCAGUCUGAAACCUGCAAUUGAGGAUUUGGCCAAGUUAGAAAGCCAGGGACUGAGCUAUGCUAUGGCAGUUAGUCGUGAACCACCUCCGACACAAGUCAUUAACGUCGGUAGUUCUGGCUCUGGUCUUGGUCCUUACCCUGUUCUAGAAACACCCAUGUAUAGAUGGCAUGCGACCGCUGGGGUUAUCCUUGCUGGAUCGAUUGCUGCAUUUGCAUAUUGGUACGGGAGGAGACGUCGCCGAUGGUAAGAAGACUCGUUUACCAAGUUGAGGAAGCAUCAAGCAUUAAAGUUGUGAUGAUGUACCAAUCUUGUUCUUGGUAUCAUUCAUAAUAGUAGGGAAUAUUGAAUGUUAUAUUCAAUUAUAGAAAUAGUAAGUUAUAAUUUUUACUUGACGGUGUAUUCAUUUAUUCCAUGAAGAGUUUCACACACUUUUUAAGAUGAUUCAGUUUCAUAGUU